AUGAAAAGACCCUACCGGACAACUAUAUCGCUGCACAAGCCUCUCUUUCCCGACUCCUGCACCUUUAACCAGUUCGCCCUGACGAAAAACUACUUCACACCGUCGUAUACGCACCAGUAUUCACACCAGUACCCGCCGUGGGCACUGGCCCCAUCUUCGACGCCCGCAGACAUGGGUCACAUGUCCCAGGUGAGUUACAGCUCAUGUCAGCGUGUACCGUCUACGCUAACUCCGUACCCGACGGCCGCCAUGCAGUCAAGCAUGUCGGGCAUGAGGAUCGUUCCGGCACCGACAAACUAUCCCCAAUUGAAUGACUAUGCGCCAGCCACAGCUGCCGCCUCGCCAAUGUCUCCUUUUGCGUUUACGCCACAGCAACAGACAGAGCCGUCUUUCAACACAAUGCCUUAUACUUACUGGGCCGAAAGAAUCAUGAAAUCAUCUAUCAUCUAUCUAUCUAUCUAUUCAUCUAUCUAUCUAAUAUCUAUAAAUUCAAAAAAAUCUAUCUAUCUAAAAUCUAUCUAUCUAUUAUCUAUCUAUUUAUAUUAUAUCUAUCUAUCUAUAUAUUUUAUAUCUAUCUAUCUAUCUCUAAUAUCUAUUCUUUUAUAUAUCUAA